AUGGCGAAAAAAUCGCAGAAGCAAAUCGAGAAAGACAAUGUUAACAAUGAUCUAAAUGCAAGUAAUACGGUGGUGACAAAGGCGAAACGGACGAGGAAGAGUGUCCCUAGAACUUCUCCACCUCAACGCAGCUCGAUAUAUCGAGGAGUCACUAGGCACCGGUGGACCGGUCGAUAUGAAGCUCAUUUGUGGGACAAGAAUUGUUGGAAUGAGUCUCAGAACAAGAAAGGCAGACAAGUAUAUCUUGGUGCUUAUGAUAAUGAGGAGACUGCAGCACAUGCUUAUGAUUUAGCAGCAUUGAAAUAUUGGGGUCAAGAUACAAUUAUUAAUUUUCCGUUAUCAAAUUAUGAGAAAGAACUUACAGAAAUGGAAACUCAAUCAAGAGAGGAGUAUAUUGGAUCCUUAAGAAGGAAAAGCAGUGGUUUUUCUAGAGGAGUUUCUAAAUAUAGAGGUGUUGCAAGACAUCAUCAUAAUGGAAGGUGGGAGGCUAGGAUUGGAAAAGUUUUUGGCAAUAAGUAUCUAUAUCUAGGAACUUAUGCUACACAAGAAGAAGCGGCUACAGCUUAUGACAUGGCAGCUAUUGAGUAUCGUGGAAUUAACGCGGUUACAAAUUUCGAUCUCAGCCGAUAUAUUAAGUGGCUUAAGCCCAACAACAACAAUAGUGAAAACAAUGACAAAUCCAACAUUAAUCUUUGCAACAUUAACUCUAACUAUAGUACGAAUGACACAACCUCUAAUGAAGAAUUGGAAUUUACCUUAGACACUGAAAUAGUAUCACUCAAUACUACUACUACUACUGAUGAAACCACAUUGGUUCAACCUCGACCAACGAGUGCCACAUCAGCCCUAGAGCUUCUUCUUCAAUCAUCUAAGUUUAAGGAAAUGGUGGAAAUGGCGUCUAUGACAUCUAAUGUUUCAACAACGUUGGAGUCUGAUCAAUUGUCACAAUGUGCAUUUCCUGAUGAUAUUCAAACUUAUUUUGAAUAUGAAGAUUUCAGUGAUACUAUGAUUGAUGAUCUCAACUCUAUUGUGCCUAUGUUUCAUUGUGAUGGUUUUGAGGGUGCUGAGAUUUUAUAG